UGCCUUCAGUCUGUGAAUAUUAGUAAGGUACAUGUGGAGCAGUGCAGUGAAAUGAUCUCACCUGGCUGACAGGUUCAGAGGCCAGAAGACAAUAAGAGACUGGCUGUAGAGGAAAAUGCUGCUCAACAACAAAGAUGAUCUUUACUGACACACAUUUAAACAGAUUCAAAACCAAGACUGAGCACCAGCACAACUUCAACUCCUUGGAGUUUCCAUGCGAUCUUGAAGAUAAUCGACAGUUGACAUUCAGGAUGGCAUUACCAAAGACAGUAGGAUACAUGGUUGUUCUUCUGGUUAUAUGCACCAGUCUGGAGAAUCAGGACUACAGAAAGUCUCUGAAUGUCUUCUUUCAAGAAUCACUGAGUUCAAAAACAUCCUCCAUUCAUGCCAGAGAAAAACGACAAAUGUGGACUGUUUCAACUCCAGCCUCCUUAAAUUCCAUGGAUUAUGAGGUCCAGGCUGUUAUAAGGAUCUCAGACGUGGAGAAUAUCCGACUGAUUCUGGCCACGCUCACGUUUCCUUUACAGAUCGACAACUCCACAGAAAUUACAAACACUGAGACCACAACAGUGUGUUCAGUACAUACGACUGGAUACCAGUGCACGUGUGAGGAGAGCUUUGCUUGGUCGUAUAACAGCUGCAUUAACCAUGAGGCCUGUGAUGCCAUCGUUGGUGACACAUGUGGAUGCAUUAAUGGCCUCCCAGCAGACGGCCAGUACUGCCAGUCAAACACCAGUACAGUGACAACCCCAUCAACUACAACACCAAACGACCCAGUGGACUUGGAAAUAGUCAUUGACGUGUGCAUCCCAGUUUACAUUGUGCCGUCAAAUUUCAUUGAUAUAUUCAGGCAAACUCUGAGAAGUUUCUCCUUUCCCCAAAACCUUUCGGAGUCACUACAACUAACAACCAUAAAUUUCACCACAGGGUGCUAUCCAAACUCAACUGGAGAACUGCAGUGUCGAUGUGAGGAAGAGUUUGCUUGGCCGUGGGACAAGUGUGACACCUACAGGCCAUGCAGUAACACUACCACACAGACCUGUGGUUGCAUUAAUGGGCUUCCCUCUGACGGAACCUUCUGUGAACCAAUUAUAAUUUUAUCAACAACAACACCAGUGAUGAACACAACAACACCAGUGAUCAACACAACAACACCAGUGAUGAACACAGCAACACCAGUGAUGAACACAACAACACCAGUGAUGAACACAACACCAAUGAUCAACACAACACCAGUGAUGAACACAGCAACACCAGUGAUCAACACAACAACACCAGUGAUGAACACAGCAACACCGGUGAUCAACACAACAACACCAGUGAUCAACACAACAACACCGGUGAUAAACACAACAACACCAGUGAUCAACACAACAACACCAAUGAUCAACACAACAACACCAGUGAUGAACACAACAACACCAGUGAUGAACACAACAACACCAAUGAUCAACACAACAACACCAGUGAUGAACACAGCAACACCAGUGAUGAACACAACACCAAUGAUCAACACAACAACACCAGUGAUGAACACAGCAACACCAGUGAUCAACACAACAACACCAGUGAUCAACACAACAACACCGGUGAUAAACACAACAACACCAAUGAUCAACACAACAACACCAGUGAUGAACACAGCAACACCAAUGAUCAACACAACAACACCAGUGAUGAACACAACACCAGUGAUGAACACAACAACACCAGUGAUGAACACAACACCACCAAUGAUCAACACAACACCAGUGAUGAACACAACACCAAUGAUCAACACAACAACACCAGUGAUGAACACAACAACACCAAUGAUCAACACAACAACACCAGUGAUGAACACAACAACACCAAUGAUCAACACAACAACACCAGUGAUGAACACAACAACACCAGUGAUCAACACAACAACACCAGUGAUGAACACAGCAACACCAAUGAUCAACACAACACCAGUGAUGACAACAACAGCAGCGACAACAACAGUGCCAGUGACGACAACAACAGCAAAUGUUCCAGUUCAAGAGGAAAACUUGACCCUUACCAUAAACAUUGAUUUCAGUCCUGCAUACAGUGAUAUGAGCAAUUCAGUUUACCAAAGCAUUGAUAAUGCUAUUCAAACACAGUCCAGGGCACACAUCCCAAAUCUAUGUUCAGCACGGAUAAUUGGCUUAAGGAGUGGAAGCACCAUCGCUGCUUAUGCUGUCAGUGCUCCAUCUAUUGAAAAAAAUCAAACUGACGCACUAAAAACUGGCAUAUUUAAAGAGCUGGUAGCAGAAUACCCUAUGAUAUUUGACAGUGAGACACCCUUACAGUUUAAUCCAACUGACGUAUUUUUAGAGCAGAGUGUGACUGUGACAUGUGGCCCUCCACCAGAAGAUCUCAGUUUUGGUACCAGCUGGACUGCAGAAUGGAGACGUAACAGUGUGCUCAUCAAUGAAGAUACAGAACACAGCUUUUCAAUUCAGGAUGGAGCAGCAACAUUAACUGUGCCCAGAUUUUUUAUUACUGAUAAUGGACUCUAUGAAUGUCAGCUGAAACGGGCAGAUAAUUCAAUUUUCCGACAAAGGUCCAAUGGAGUCUUCAGUCACAAAGAUGCACCACAGAUCCAAGUGAACCCGGUGAGACAAAAUGUGAAGUGUGGGACUGGAAAUGUGACACUGCGGUGCUCUGUCAACAGUCCCUACGAGGUUGAGCUUCUGGAAGAGGGUAAUGUGAUCACAGCUCAGUUUCCAGUUCCUGCUGAUUGUACAAACCAGGACACCAGGAAGUUCACCUGUCGAACGAAAACCAAUCCUGUAUUUGAAAAAGAAAUUAUACUGGAGCUUUCUGCAGAAGAAUUUGUAUGUUCACAUCCGGAAUUUGGUAAUGGAACUGUAGGUUUCAAAGCUGUAGCACAGUGCAAAAACAGCGAGGUGGGAGAAAAGACAGCAGUUUGUAUGGCGAAUGGUGAUUUUGAAGAUCGACAAAACAACUGUGUUCUUCAACACAUCCAGGAUCUGCACGAGCAGUCUGAGUUUUUGAACAACAAUUCACUGCCAGCAUUCUUGGACGAGCUCAGCAAUGUCACUGUCAUCAACGCUACAGAAAUUAUUGAAUCUCCCGCCUCCAUUACUGCCAUUGUUGACAUCCUCAACAAUUUAGCCACCACAUCUUCAUUAACAAAUAUCACAAUAAGUAGGACUUCAAUGGAGGAUGUCCUGUUGACUGUGGGUGUUCUCACCACAGCAAUGGAAUCAUGGGACUUUAUAAAUGGCAAUGACACCAGAAACAGCUCAUCAAUGAGAAGUAACAGUCCCCCACCUGAAAGUGUCAGUUCAAUAUUAUUGCAGUCUUUGGAGACGAUAACACGGCGCCUUACCAAUGACACGUUCAACAUUGAGACACCUUCCAUUCUGUUGAACAAAACUACCUUCAACAACACUUUUAAUGCUGACUUUAACUCGUCAGUGGAGAUAAACAUAACAGAGCCUGAUGGAGGAAAUACAUCAAUCACAGUGUUAACCUUUGAGUCAAUGGACAACGUACUUCCUGCAAGAGACGAAGCCAACUCAUCUCUCAACAUUAUCAAUGGCAGAGUUGUACUUGUUCAGUCAAGUACCAACACCAGUAACAUUUCUUUCACGUUUGACAUUAGAAACAAUAGCUUGGUGGAUCCAAAGUGUGUUUUCUGGAAUUUCAGCCUCUUCAGCGGUCUCGGAGGGUGGGACGAUGAGGGCUGCAUGUUGGUACCCAACAACGACAAUGAAACUGUCACCUGCAACUGCAACCACUUGACCUCGUUCUCCAUCCUGAUGUCUCCCUACAGUCGAGAUGACCCUGGAUUGGCCAUUGUAACCUACAUUGGAGUUGGAAUAUCCAUGGUAUCCUUGGUCAUAUGUCUCAUCAUUGAAGCAGUCGUUUGGAGAAAAAUAAGAAAGAACAACACAUCCUACUUACGUCAUGUCUCCAUUGUUAACAUUGCAGUAUCCCUCCUUACCGCAAACAUUUGGUUUAUCAUUGGGGCAGCCAUUUCUGAUGCAGAGGAGAAAAACCCACCAGCUUGCUCUGCAGCUACCUUUUUUGUCCAUUUUUUCUACCUAGCCCUGUUCUUCUGGAUGUUAGCCUCAGCUUUGCUGUUGCUCUACCGUGCAGUCAGUGUAUUUGAAGGGGGGUUGUCUAAAAGAUCCAUGUUGGCUCUUGGAUUCUGCCUAGGCUAUGGGGCACCUCUCAUCAUUGCAACCAUAACCAUAGCUGUUACUGCAGCCAAAGGAACAUACAUUCAAGAUACUGGGGUCUGCUGGCUCAACUGGGAACCGUCCAGGACUCUACUAGCAUUUGUGAUCCCUGCACUGUUAAUAGUGGUGAUAAACUUCAUGAUCCUACUUGUGGUGAUGUACAAAAUGUUGAGGAGAAGGGUUGCAGGGGACGCUACACAAGCAGGUGAGAAGCAUGUUCUUGUGGUGAUCGCCAGGAGUUUGGCUGUGCUCACACCAUUUUUUGGAUUAACUUGGAGUCUGGGAGUCGGAACUCUGGUUGACCCAAACAACACUGCAAUCCAUUAUUCAUUUGCAUUCUUCAACUCACUGCAGGGUUUCUUCAUAUUGGUGUUUGGAACACUUCUGGACAAAAAGGUGCAGUCAGAAAUAGCAAUAAAGCCACAAAGGUCCAGAAGUGGGACAAGGAGCACCAGUGGUGGGAACUCAUCAAGUGGACUGGGGUUUUUGUGGAAAUGGAGACAAGGAAGAGAUGGGUACAACAUGUCAUCUGAUGCAUCCAGUGAAAAUCACUCUUUAUCCAACACUUGAUAAUCUGUGCAAUCAGCACUGGACAAUCACAAUGACUAUUAACCAAGGAAAGAGCUGGGUUUGACGUUUGAAAAAAUUAACAAUUUAUUAAUUCUGUAUUCCUCUGAAAGUUAUAUUUGUUUUACACAUUCUUACAACAACAGUAUAUAAAGACGUACUAGCAAAAUAUGCACUGCAUAAUGUUUGUUCGAUGCAUAGUAUUGAAUGUAAUGUUUUUUAAGAUAUCUGAUGUGAAAGUAAAUAGCUUUUUGCACUUUGUAACAUUUGUGUUUGUGUGUGUUUGCACAGGCUGUGAUAAAAUAUACUGAGAGGUUUCAUUUACACUCUCUGUCUUGCAUUUAGCAUUCGUUACACGAGUCUGAAGUAAGAAAAGACAACAAAAAUAUAGCAGUUGGCUCUUGUUUUAGUUAACUUUCCACAUCAAAUCAGUUGAACAGGGCAAGACUGCAGGACACAAAUCAGCAGUCAGAAUGACAGCUUGGCCUGGACAGUCCUCAAAAUAGUUCUAGAAGGUUAGCUGAGGAGCAGGAAUUUCCCUACUUUUUUGAUAAGUAGCAUGUGCUGUUUGUGUUAGCACAGUUAUUGAAGAUGUCAGGUCAGUGGUGAAAUUUAUUUAAGCUUCACACACAAUACACUCAAUGCAUGUUGUUUGUUAUUUGACAAUUCUACAAUUCCAUUUAGCAGAUGCUUUUAUCCAAGGUGACGUACAUCUGAGAGUAGAAACAACAUGAGGUACCUCACUGGACAACCCAGACAGGGGUGUUAGUCCCUGAGCUAUCCAGCUGUUACCCAUUUGUUGCCAUAAUAUAUGUGAUAUAAAGUAUUUUCAUGUAGUUUUAACAUGUCUACAUUUUGUCUGUAAUGACUAGUGUAUGAUAAACCUUCAGUAUGUUUUCUAUCCAUAAGUAUGUCUUGAAUAUGUUGAACAAAAUAUGUAUGAGUUCUUGAAAAUUUGUGCUGACUAUGUACUACAUAUUACAAUUAAAGCCUUUUAAAAUCCA